AUGUUAGUUCUUGUGGAGGGAGAGAAGAGAAACGUCUUCCAGAGGCAAAGUGACAGGGAGGCAGGUGUGUUCUCCUCAAGGAAGCCAAGAAACAAACCUGAUUGGAGGGGCGACAACAAACCAYGGCCUCAAUCCAAGCCUGUUGUCUCUCUCAACACUGCCUCCUAUAAGAGGACAGAGAAGACAGAGGAUGAAGCUCCAGCUGCCUCUGAAGAACCUGUGAGCAAGGAGGAGCAGGUCAAGCCCGAGGAGUCCAUCAGCUGUGUCACUGAAAACUUUCAAGCCUUCGUGACUCAGCUCAGGGACACGAUGAUGGACACUGAGGAGAGCCUGCAAGAAAUGGUUGAGCUCAUUUUUGAGAGGGCCAUGCAGCGUCCCAACUCUGCUGGACUCUUUGCCGAGCUGUGCCAACUCCUCUCAAAAGUCAACGUCCCAUCAGACAGCGUCUCCUUCAGGUCUCUGCUUGUCAAACACUGCCAGGCCGAGUACARGAAGAGCUUUGUAAUGGAGGACAUUUCUCAAAAGGGGUCUUUUCUGGACCCAGUCAGGGACGUGAGGGUGCUUGAUCGGCUGAGAGAAGAGCGAAACAACGCCAGCCCCUCCCCUCGCUCCCUCAAUACCAUCAGAUUUCUUGGGGAGCUGUUCAAAUCCAAGGUUCUGGGUGAGAAAGUGAUGCACAGCUGCAUCAAGAGGCUGCUGCAGAACGGAGAUGGGCCGUCUCUUGAGAGCCUCUGUGAGCUCCUCCGUCUCAUCCAGCAGGACCUGGAGGUGGUCACGUCCAGGAAGGUGAUGGACUCCUACUGUCACCAGCUGGA